UCGUACCACUCCGUUCCUAUUCCUCCCUCCACGAUCACACCACUCCCCCUGCUACGUCUCACGCCGGUACUGAUAGGCCCCACAUCCACUCAAGCUGCGGUCCCUCGCUGACCAGCUCAAAUCCCCACCCACAUCCUCAUCGCACGCCGCUCCCGGCCAUCCUGCCGCGAUGGACCCUCAAUCCCUCAUCAAACUCCUUUCCGACUCGACACAACGCCUCUCCUCCCUAUACACAGAGCUCGGUCAUCCACCCGAUAGGUUGCAAGAUGCCGUCUUCGCCCUACACAAGACCCUAUAUGCAGCAGUAGAGGGUCAGAUGGACAUUGUGGAGAAGGAGGUGGAGCAAGCCAAGACUCAGCUGCAACAGGGACAAAAGAAGGUCGAGCGCCUCUUGACGGCGCUGGGCGAGGAUGAACAUGCUACACAGGGAAGGAGAUCGUCAGGUCUCAGGCCGAGAGGAACAAAGAAGGACAAUGACGAGGCGGCAGCGGACGAGCCUCUCCUACCGCGACUCGAGUCAAUGACUUCCGAAGUCACUCGACUGCAGAAUCUAUACAGCUCGCGCGUUUCACAAGCGGAGAAGCUCACUACCCAGCUCAACUCCUUUAGGCCAAUUUUGGGUGACUUUGUGCCAGAGAUCAAAACGCAGUUCACCCAAGAUGAGAGCUCAGAAGCAAUGGCCAUCAUACCAGCAGCUCACCUCACGCGUCUAUCGACGACGAUUGACAAGUGCGGAUUCGAGCUGACGCGAAGGUCUGAAGAGCUACAGCAACACCUCUUUGAUAUCCUCGGUCUCUGGUCAGAACUCUGCCUGCCACCGCAAACUAUCGCGUCUCAAGCAUCCAGUAGCGAGCUAACCUUUGACUCGCUCGUAUUGCGUCAUCUACAGCUCAGGCCCGUCUUCCAUGAGGUUCAGAUGGAUGAUGAGGCAGGCCAAGGUACCAUCACUGAGUUCCAAGGAGAAUUUCUGCCCAUUGAGGCGUCGUCUGAUGAUGGGCCUCAAGAUCCAGACACGCCGACUCGCUCUACCCGCGGCUCAGCAUCCACUACGCUGCAGUCCGUUCGCUCGGCCGAAACUCACUUCCCAGCCCACGUGCUUCUUCCUACGCCCGAGAACAUCACCCGCGCUCACGACAAGGAGGAAUGGCUCAGGCAGGAGAAGAGUAGGAGGGAAGGGCGUAUCCAGGAGCUGUACGAUGAGCUGGUGGAGCUGUGGGUGAAGUUCAACGUGGAUGCAGAAGAGAUGGAGGCGUUCGUGCAGCAGAAUUCGGGCAGUACACUGGCAGUCAUCGAGUCGUAUGAGUGCGAGCUGCUCAAGAUGAAAGAGCUGAAGAUCAAGCAUCUGGCCAUCUUCCUCGGCAAUGUCAGGAGCCAAGUCGAGGACCUUUGGGGUCAGCUGCGUCUAAGUCAAGAAGAGAAGGAGAUUAGCUUCCCUGACUUCUUUCGGCCAGUCGAGACAAUUGAUUCGGCAGAGGUAGACGAUCUGCUAGCUCGCCACGAGGAGAGGGUAAAGGAGCUGCACGUCGAGGUGCAGGAUAAAGGGCCGAUCCUUAAGCUGGUGGCCAAGUACUUUGAGGUGCUUGACGAGGAGAGGCAGCUGGAUGAGAGCUCCAAGGAUAGCACUAGGCUCAUGAAGGGUGUGAGGGGUGAUCCUGGACGUCUGCUCCGGGAGGAGAAGAUGAGGAAGCGGGUCAAGGUGCAGAAGCCAAAGAUUGAGGCCGACCUGCUGAAAGCAAUUCCCGUCUGGGAAGCAGAGAAUGAACGCGCAUUCACAAUUGAUGGCGAGCGGUAUUACGACAAGAUUCUUGCACUGGUGGAAGAGUCCAAUCCGGCACUAAGAAAGAGAGGCAGGACUGCUUCAGUUGCGGCCACUCCUUCUGCUUCAAAUGGAGCAGGUAUUCUCCAUCCCAACACGAGUCACACCAAUCGCGUUGCCGCCACACCCAUGCGAACACCCUCAGUCAUGAGUAAUGCAAGUGGUCGCGGGGUCCCAGCAAGCACAGGGGCAGCAGGCAACAAGAAGCCCCGUCUAGUGCAAAGCGCCAAUCCUGCACGAGUAGCAGCAACUCCAGCCGGGAUGAUGAGCGGGAACCUCCGAGCUCGUGUCGCUCCACCCACCUCUGCCUCUGCCUCGAGCAACAGUCGCAUCCCCUCUGCAAGCGGAGUCGCCCGCGCGCCUCUUCCUUCACAGGGCGGUGGACUCUUUGCAGGCAAGGUAGCCCGCAAUGCGAGUGCUGCCUCUAAUCCGAGCUCAGGAUUCGCAGCAGCUCAUCACUUCCGUCCUCGUCCUUCUGCUAUUCUCGCGCAACAACAGCAAGCUGUAGCUAGUAGCAGUGGAAGUGGAAGUGGCAGUAGUGGUCGCUGGCCAGGCGAUGAGCAAGGUCAAGUGCGAAAUGCCUCAGGGAUGAGCGCUUCCUCCGAAGCGACGACUCUUCACUAUUCGAAUCGUCACGAGUCGAUAAGUCUCCCCUAUGCCUCGGCCAUUCCUUCUUCAUCUCAUAAUCGCGGAGUAGGUCUAGGAGCAGGAGCAGGAGCUGGGGCAGGUCAAAGUGUGAACAAGGCCAACAAGAUUAUGAAACGCGGACCAUCUAUGUCCCUCGAAGGAGCUCUUGCAUCCCUCUCCGCUGCAGGAUAUGCAGGCGGGGCUAGCGCUGGUGCGGGUGGGAUCAGGACCAUCUCUAGUGAUGCGGCACAUGCGUACUCGGGUAGGCGGACACCGCACGAGGAGCACGGUGGAGGGGGAGGAGGCAAUUGGGCUGUACUUGAGGAGGAUGAGGACGGGCUAGGGGAGCAGGGGAGAGAUCAGAUGGAGGUGUUCUGACCUCAUUACCGGAAGGAAGGAAGCCCUGCUUGUACUCUCUACUGCUACUUUGCUGUGCGCUGGUCGAUUUAUACCCAUUCA